AGGAGUGGGACAGUAGGAUUCUUCCUCUGCUCCACAGUCGGAUGUUGGCUGCCUCCCAUUUUGUGUUGCAGAUGCACCGGGACGGCAGAUGGCCUCGGCCUGCGAUCCAGACCGAGCACACGGUUCCAGACGGCCCCGGGGUGACAGAGGACACGGAGGUUCAACACGUCAAAGGGACAAACACAGCGGAUGAUUGAAGUCGGAGCAAAGUGCACACAGGAAGCGGCUGUAGCGCACACACUUCUGCUCCAUGAGCUCCGACGCACGCCAUAAUGCGGCGGUGUUAUGGCAAAGCCCCGGGCCACUUGUGGCUCUCACCCACUGGCAUCUUGUCUUUUUGGUUUUUGUGGUUCACACCUGUGCUGUUACACCCGCAGUGUUUGGAUUUUAAGCCGCCUUUCCGACCGCUGAGGGAGCUGGAGUUCUGCGUAAUGUACAAGGAGUUUGGCUGCUGCGACUUCCAGAAAGACCAGGAGCUCAUGUCCAAGUACUACCAAAUUAUGGAUAACUUUGACUAUUACGGCUAUGCCAACUGUGCCGGGUUCGUCCAGGAGUUGCUGUGCCAGGAAUGCUCUCCCUAUGCAGCCCACCUUUACGACGCAGAAGACCCCAGCACCCCGAUCCGGUCCAUCCCUGGUCUGUGCCCUGACUACUGUGCCCAUUUCUGGAAGAAAUGCAACUCCACCUUCCCCUUCUUAUCUGAUGAUCCACACAUAACCAAAGUGCAGCAUGACCAGACACGUCUCUGUCGGUACCUGGAGUUAGAUGACACUGACUACUGCUACCCACAUAUCCUCAGCAACCAGCAGCUCACCCAGAACCUGGGUCGGGUUCAGUCUGACUCAGAUGGCUGUCUGCAGCUGUGCUUGGAAGAAGUGGCCAACGGGCUGCGAAACCCACUAGCCAUGGUCCACGCCAAUGACGGUACACAUCGCUUCUUUGUGGCUGAGCAGGUGGGCUUGGUGUGGACGUACCUUCCUGACAGGUCCAAACUGGAGAGACCGUUUUUAAACAUUACCAAGGCCGUCUUAACCUCAUCAUGGGAAGGGGAUGAGAGAGGCUUUCUGGGACUGAUCUUUCACCCCAUGUACAAAUAUAAUGGUAAACUGUACGUGUAUUACUCAGUGGAAGUGGGUUUUGAUGAGAGGAUCCGAAUCAGUGAGUUCCGUGUGUCCUCCAAUGACAUGAACAUGGUGGAUCACAGCUCUGAGCGAGUCAUUCUGGAGAUUGAUGAACCUGCAUCCAACCACAACGGAGGACAGCUACUAUUUGGUGAUGACGGCUACUUAUACAUUUUCACUGGGGAUGGUGGAAUGGCAGGAGAUCCAUUUGGGAAAUAUGGAAAUGCUCAGAACAAAUCUGCACUGUUGGGGAAAGUUCUUCGCAUCGACGUAGAUGACAACAACAGAGGCCCGCUGUACAGAAUCCCGUCAGAUAACCCCUUCAUCCAUGAACGAGGGGCACGACCUGAGGUUUACGCUUACGGCGUCCGGAAUAUGUGGAGGUGCUCUGUGGACCGGGGUGACCCUCGUACAAAAGAGGGCAAAGGGCGCAUUUUCUGCGGGGACGUGGGUCAGAACAAGUUUGAAGAAAUUGACAUCAUUGAGAAAGGUCGGAACUACGGCUGGAGAGCCAAAGAGGGGUUUUCCUGCUACGACAAGAAGCUGUGCGCCAACAGUUCAUUAGAUGAUGUUCUUCCCAUUUAUGCGUACCCUCAUAAAAUGGGGAAGUCGGUGACUGGUGGCUACGUCUACAGAGGAUGUGAAUACCCCAACCUGAAUGGCAUGUACAUAUUUGGAGACUUCAUGAGUGGGCGUUUGAUGAGUCUGAAGGAGGACCGAUACACCGGGCAGUGGAGGUACAAUGAGAUCUGCAUGGGAAUGGGACUGACCUGCGCCUUCCCUGGACUCAUCAACAACUACCAUCAGUACAUUAUCUCCUUCGCAGAGGAUGAAGCCGGCGAGCUGUACUUCAUGUCGACUGGAAUACCCAGCGCUACGUCACCUUCAGGUGUUGUGUAUAAAGUGGUGGAUCCCUCAAGACGUGCCCCACCGAGACAAUGCCACUACGACCCUGUUCCAGUUCGUGUUAAAAGCAACCUCAUCAAAUUUAUUCCCCAGGAAACGUUAAUCGGUGUUGAGCCACCGAGCAAAACAAAGCCUGAGGUCCAGCCCACAGAUUCCUACGACUGGCUACAAGAACUCAUUGACCGUCUAGGUGAACUAGGACCAGACCCAACCACGGCUGCCCCAACCACAACUACCACCAGACAACCCAAAAACUCAAGGAGGAAAGGCCGUCGCAGGAAGGGCAAAUCCAGAACGGAGACUGUGCCCGAGCUUCAGAACGGAGCAGUGAGGCUGGUCGGGGACGAUCAAGGCCGCAAUGAUCGGGGACGGGUGGAGAUCUACAUUAACGGGGAGUGGGGUACGGUGUGUGACGACCUGUGGUCCACCAACAACGCUGCUGUAGUUUGCCGGCAACUUGGCUUCAGGCACGCUCUGAAGGCGGCCAAGAACUCAGAGUUUGGUGAGGGCAAGGAUCUGCGGAUCCUCCUGGAUGAUGUUCAGUGUGAGGGGACUGAGUCUAGCCUGCUGGACUGCAAACACGCCGGUGUGGGGGUGCAUAACUGUGCCCACUAUGAAGACGCCGGGGUGAUCUGUGGUAACUCGGACUACAUCGUAGAAGUUUGACUACCAUACAUUUAGAACUAAUUGUCAGUAAAAAGAUCUAUUUUCUUAAAUCCAUUUAAGAGUUAUCCUACAGGGUUUUUUAUCGUAGCCAGUUCUAAAUGUUUUCUCCUAAAUGAGAAGAAAAAACAUAGACAACAUAAUAACACAGGCUACAAUGUGCAGCUUGAAUUAACGUCAGUAGCAUAAAUAAUUAAGUGAAUUAAAGCUGUUUUGUUGUCUUUUCUUUACAAUAAAAGAGGAAAUGAAAACCUUUAAUAGCUGUGCAACCACCAUACAGUGUUUUAAAUAAAGUGUGAUCAAAAUUUUACACUUAAGUGAAUGUAAAAACAAAGAAAUCACUAUCCAAGCAAAAGAUGAAAUGGUUGUAGUGAGAAUAGGUACAAAGAAUCAAUGCCUUUAAGCAUUCCAGAGAUUAUUUAUGACAUGUAGGAAUGCACUGAUGAUGUCCAAGAGUAGUUUUCCACUGCUUCUAUCCUCUAUCUGUUUUUGCUCAUAUUUCUUAGAGGUAAAUGCACAGAAACAACAAUAUUGUUCAGUUUUUCAUGCUGAAUGUGUAAUUUUGAAUGUAUGACAUGACAGUAACAGAUUUGAAUGUGUCUGAAUGUCAUGUUUUGUUUCAUUUGUAAACCGUGUUGAAUGUUCAAUUCCUGCUGAAUAAAUGAAUGUAAAUGUGAAACUUU